CACAUCUCCAGCAUCAUUGAGAACACAACAACAUAUCCAGUAACAGCGGCUCUAACAACGACUCAUCAUAUAUUAACAGAACGUACAAGUUCACCGAACCAAGGAUUCCUUUGACAAAAUGAAGUGUUUCAUAGUGUGCUCGUUACUCGUGGUGUCGUGUUUGGCGGAGCCACCAGUUAAUAACAGGUAUCUUCCUCCACAAGCGAGGAACGCGUCUCCCUCUCAGAGUUAUGGUGUUCCCGGAUUCAAUCAGAGACAGACUGAAGCUGUCUUCAGAGGACGUCCUUCAUCUGCCUACGGACCACCUGCAAGCAUCCGGCAACCAAACUCUCAAUACGGACUACCCAAAACUCCUUCCUCUCAGUAUGGAGCACCGAACAACCAAUAUCAAGGACAAAAGCAAGCACCCACCGGCCAAUACUUACCACCAACCAGCCAAUAUCAAGCUUCGGUGAAUCAAUAUCCAGCUCCGAACCAAUACCAAGCACCAAAAGCACAAUACUUGCCGCCUGUAAACCAAUACCAAGUUCCUUCCACUCAAUACGGUGUACCAGAUCAGUCUGGACCCAAUGGUCUCUCUCAAGUAUAUGGAGUCCCUGGAUUUGAAAGAAGUGUCGGUGACAACAAACAUGACAACCAGCAAAGCAGACAGUACCUCCCUCCCAGUGCUCGCGGAUAUGAUGAUGGAAGCAGUGGAGAGCCCGCAAACUACGACUUCGAAUACAUGGUCCAGGACGCCCCCUCCGGCAACGACUUCGGACACCGAGAGUCACGACGAGGGGACCGCGCUGAGGGAGUCUACUACGUCGUCUUAUCUGAUGGAAGGAAACAGACUGUUGAAUAUGAAGCCGACCAGGACGGUUUCAAGCCCAGGAUCUCCUACGAGGACAUUGGCGCCGGAUCAGGCUACGACAGUAACAGACAAGCGGAUUACAGCAACGAUUAUAUCAACGGACCUUAUUGAAAACACCAAACAAUAAAGAAAAAUCUAAAGCUUGCUUAGAGAACUUUAUGACAAUUUGUACAUGUUAUCUUUUACUUUAGUGGGUAAUGUAAACUGGUUUAUUUAAUAAUUAAGUAGGUUCCUAUAUAUUACCAUCUUAAAAUAUUUUGAGAAAUAGUCAUUAUGUU